GAGCUGUCAAAAAUACUUGAACUAAGGGACACGCUUUUCCCAUUUAUUUACAAUUCAUGCCAUCGGAUAAACAAAUUUCGCAAAUCUAGGGCAUGAACUUGUAUUUUCCACUACUCUUUUAAUAUCAAUUGUUACAAAAAUAACACUACAAUGUUCUUUCAAAAAAAAAAAAAAAAAAAAAAAAAAGAAAAAAAAGAAAAACCACCCUACAACGACCAUUUUGAUAUGACCACAUAAACAUAAAGUGAUGUGAAUCGAGUCCCCUUCCUUAUAACUAUUUUUAUUGCUUUAUUUAGGUACUCUCUUGGUUUUACCUUACUCUUAAAGUAGGGGUUUUACAAGUGAGUUUUUAAUAAUGUUUUUAUUAUUUUCUUAGUAGUAGUUAUGGGGCCUUGGGCUUCCAAAGUUGUGUUAAUUAAUUAGUGGGCUCUCUUGGUUCAUUAAUUAAUUAUUAGGGCUUUUUAUUUAGUUUGCUUGCAGGGCAAGUAGGAUAGAUUUAUUUUUCCUAUAUAUACUAGUUGUAUGUCAAUUAUUUUAACAGGAUGUUUUAUGAAUUAUAAUUUGAGAUUAUUGAGCUUUUGCUUGAAGAGAACUUUGUUAAGGUUCAAACUAGUUGUUAACUAGGGUUUUGGGAUCGUUACUCCUAAAAUCAAACUUAGAAGUCGUUGCCUUCUAAGACUAUCUUUCAAAUUUCCACCAUUAAAAUCACUCAAAUCCUUCCAUCAAAUAUAAACCGUCAAAAUACACAUCAAAUUGGUAUAAGAGCCAGGUUUGUAAGUCCCCUCCACUUACACGAUCGAUCUUGUUGAUUGGAAAAAAAAAAAAAAAAACAUUCGUACGCCAAACGGAUAAAUUGCAGAAUUCAUCGGUUACUAGUUUGUUGUGCAAAAGGUACUCGUAACUCCUAUUUUAUUUGUUGGUGAGUGCUUUUUAAUUUACUUGGUGAGUUAACAGACUUGCUUCCAAAAUAUUGAAUUAAUUUUAUUAAAAGUUGUGUCAUCAAUCAUCAUUGAUUUACUUUGCUGCCAAAGAUUACACUACAUUGCUAUAUACGUGUCUUCAUUAAGUUUGUGAAGCAAAAAGUACUCUUUGGGAAUUCAGUUAAUUGAUAUCGUAUAAUUGUUAAAAUUGUGGUUACUUAUUGACGCGCGCAUAAUAGUUGUGGACACAGGUUUUAUUUGUUGAUGAGAGAACUUGAGACUUGUGUUUAAUUUUCUGAAUAUUAUUUCGACAUCAUGAGUACUUUAACAAAGAAGGAUCUUGAUACUAUGCUUGUUGAUAUGAUGAGAAAUUUUAAUGCGAGUCUUGAACGAAUGAAUGAGAAAAUUGAGAAGAGUACACAAGAAAUUGCUCAAACCAAUCAAAGGGUUGAAACUUUGUCUACUCAAGUGAUUGGGGAAGGAAGAAUAAUCAACAACGAACAACCUAGGGGAAUCAUGAGAAAUUUUCCAAUUGACAAUGAUCGAGAUUUGAAGUUGUUGGAACUUCCGGAAUUUACAGGUGAUGGGGAUGCCGAAGACUUUUUAGAUUGGGUUCGUCAGAUGGAAAAGGUCUUUGAUUAUAAAGGUUUUGAUGAGCAAAAAGCCUACAAGGUUGCAAACCUAAAACUGACGAGAUAUGCUUCUCUAUGGUUUGAGAAUUUACGUGCCAAGAGAUUGAGAGAAGAUGAGCCACGAAUUAAUACUUGGAACGAGUUGAAGAGACAAUUAAGGAAACGGUUCCUACCACGAGAAUUUAUCCAAGAUCAAUUCUUGAAGUUGAAUCAUCUUGAACAAAAGAAUCUUAGUGUCGCUGAAUACACUAAAGAGUUUGAGAAAUUGUGCAUGCUUUGUGAUUUGCAGGAAAAAGAGGAGAUGAAGAUUGGACGAUACAUAAAAGGGUUAACACCUUCGAUUUCUCACAAGGUGGAAACAUCAAAUUAUGUGUUCUUUGAUGAUGUCUUAAGGUUGGCAGAGAGAUUUGAGAAACAGGAGAAAGAAAAGAAAAUUUCUUAUUUCAAGGAGAGGAAGUCAUUCUUUAAUGGUGAGGGUUCGAAUAUCAACUCUAACAAUUCAAACAAUGAAGGGAAGAUGAUUGUUGUUACUCCCGAACAAGCUGCAUUGGCAAAAAAAGUUUGUUUCAAGUGUCAAGGCAUGGGACACAUUGCUAGAGAUUGUGGUAACAAAGUGACGGUAUCCAAGAAGGAACAUAGAAUGUUGUUGGCUUAUCUUGACCAAGAAGAGAAAGAGAAGGAGAGUACAUGUUUGCUCAAUACAGAGGAAGAGUUUGAUUUUGAAGAGUUUGAGGGUCAAGAAAAGAUUACUCCUGAACCUGAACAUCACCAUAUCGGUAUCUUAAGGAGAGUUUUGCAUGCUAAUUUUGUUCCUCCUACUACACAUGAGCAAAGGGAAAAUUUGUUCCAUACUAUAUGCAAAGUGGGUGAUAGGAGUUGCUCGUUGAUUAUAGAUACGGGAUCGUGCACCAAUGUUGCAUCUACUAAGUUGGUUGACACUAUGAAUCUUUCUACUAGGGACCAUCCUACUCCUUACAAGCUUAAUUGGUUACAUGAUGGAGAUGGACUACAAGUUAAAAGGCAAGCUUUGGUGAACUUUUCCAUGGGUUCAUAUUCUGAUAGUGUAUGGUGUGAUAUUUUACCUAUGACUGCUUGUUCUAUACUCUUGGGUCGUCCUUGGCAAUAUGAUCGAGGGGUGUUAUUUAAUGGUGUUACAAAUGUUUAUUCAGUGAAGGUUGGGGAUAAGAGAGUCCAAUUACAUCCUUUACCCCCUAAGGCGCCACCUAUUCAAGCUCCUGCUAGAGAGUUGUUGAUUAUGCCUAAACUUAACAAAAAGGAAAGAAGGGCUAAUAUGUUGUCAUUGAGAAACCAACACCCUUUUGAGAUUGGUGAGUAUGUUUUCUUAUCUUUAAAUGCUCAAAAAAUCUUUAAUAAUUCUAGAGGUAAGAAUGAACCAUUAGAGGAAGGACCUUUCAAGAUUGUGCAUAGGGAGAAUUAUGAUACUUUUCAAGUACUUCUUGGAGCGGGAAUUUGCGCUACUAUGAGGGCUAGUGACUUGGUACCUUGUCUUCCGAACGAAACUUGAGGGCAAGUUUUUUUUUUUAAGAGGGAGGGAAUGAUGUGAAUCGAGUCCCCUUCCUUAUAACUAUUUUUAUUGCUUUAUUUAGGUACUCUCUUGGUUUUACCUUACUCUUAAAGUAGGGGUUUUACAAGUGAGUUUUUAAUAAUGUUUUUAUUAUUUUCUUAGUAGUAGUUAUGGGGCCUUGGG